AUGGAAUCUCACUCAUUUUAUAACGGACAAAAACCACACGUAGUUUGUGUGCCUUAUCCGGCUCAAGGCCACAUCAAUCCAAUGCUGAAAUUGGCUAAACUUCUCCACGCCAGAGGCUUCCACAUAACCUUCGUCAACACCAUCUACAAUCACAACCGUCUCCUCCGGUCCUGUGGGCCAAACGCGCUUGACGGGAUACCUUCGUUCCGGUUCGAGUCUAUCCCUGACGGUCUACCGGAGACCCACGUGGACGCCAUGCAGGACACCACUGCCCUUUGCCAGUCCACCAUGAAGAACUGCCUAGCUCCGUUAAAGGAGCUUCUCCGGCGGAUUAAUGCCCGAGAUGAUAUCCCUCCGGUGAGUUGUAUCGUAUAUGACGAUUGUAUGAGUUUCGCUCUUGAUGCUGCGGAGGAGCUCGGUGUCCUGAGGCUUCUUUUUUGGACCACCAGUGCUUGUGGCUUCAUGGCUUAUAUACACUUUUAUCUCUUCAUCGAAAAGGGUUUAUGUCCCGUAAAAGGUGGAUAA